ACGGACGCCCGGCGUUCUUCGGCGCGUCGCGACGUCGGCAGUCGUGAUUUGACCGGCGCCCGUAGCGGCAGUAUCGCACCUUGCGCGCGACCGUACGCUCGAAGAAAAACAAACCGUGGGCAAGAUCACUGCGAGAUUGUCCUGAGUGAAACCUUCACCACACGUGCUCCCGAUCUCCCACAUACAUGAGGGAACUAAAUAAACGCCACUCCAUCGAUACAAAAACAAAAAGAGAUAGGCGCGAAUUGAUAUUUAAUAGAGAGCGAGGCUUUGGCAUUCAUUUCGUCUUCGAUUCACUUUGUGAGAUAUUUCGUGAAGUUCGUGAUCUCAAGCUCGUAUAUGCUUCAAUAAUAAAAUAAAUGAUAACGAGUUUUAUUGUCCCACCCCCUCCCCCCCCCUCUCCCAUUUUAAGCGAACUUCUGCGGUAAUUCGAAAAUGAAUGAAAGACUAACUUUAACAUAUAAAAAUAAGAUAUAUUAUUUCAGCAAGUUUUUAGAACUAGAAUUACAAAAUUAAAUUAAAAAGGCAUCAAGUUUCUCUGCUUCUUAUUUUCUAUACGAAAGAUCAACUUAUUUGCGGCGACACGAAACACGGAAGAACUUAAACGGAAGAAGACGAAUUUAACGAUGCGUGCAGCAGAUCGAAACUUCGUGGUAUGAGAGCAAGCACGGGAACGAAACAAACUAUUAAGAAAAUGAACGAUUAAUUGUUGGAAGUGAUCCAGAAUGCCAAGGAGUGAAGAACUUCUCGAGUGCGCGUAUAUCAAGUGAUUAGAAUCGCGAUGGGACCCACGGUAGUGUCCAUCCUGUUAAAUGGUACUUUCUUAAAACCCAGCUAUGAUGACACCCUGGCGUCGUCCUCGGAGCAUUACUACAAUGACACGUACGAGGAGAACCUGGGAUCUUCGAACAUGUCAUCCGGUCCGUAUCGAGACUCCUUGUACGUAGUGAUACCAGUGACCAUAAUCUACGCCGCGAUCUUCAUCACGGGCAUCGUCGGCAAUGUUACCACGUGCAUCGUGAUUGCGCGCAACAAGUCUAUGCACACCGCCACGAACUAUUAUCUCUUCAGUCUUGCUAUAUCUGACCUGUUGCUGUUGGUGUCGGGCCUGCCGGCAGAAAUGUACCUGGUCUGGUGCAAGUACCCCUACAUUUUCGGCGAGGGCUUCUGCGUGCUGCGCGGCCUCGCUUCGGAAACUUCCACGAACGCAUCGGUACUCACCAUCGCUGCCUUCACGGUCGAGAGAUACGUAGCGAUCUGUCAUCCAUUCCUCUCGCAGACCCUAUCGAAUCUGUCUCGUGCGAUCAAACUAAUCCUGAUCGUAUGGCUGGUGGCAUUGUUGUUCGCGCUACCGCAAGCUCUGCAGUUCGGCGUAGUUCGGCACAACAAACAUCCUGAUAUGGUGAUGUGCACGAUCAAGAGGACCAUCAUCAAUCACUCGUUUGAACUAUCCACGUUCCUGUUCUUCGUGAUACCGAUGUGCCUCAUUACGUUUCUAUACGUGUUGAUCGGUCUCAAGCUCAGAAAAUCAAACAUGACUGUUCCGGGUAGAACCGAGUCGAGAAACUGCAGACAUUAUCCGGGUAGAUCGUCCAGAAGAGUGUUGAAAACGUUAGUUGCUGUUGUAAUAGCAUUUUUCAUUUGCUGGGCUCCAUUUCACGUGCAACGAUUAAUCGCUAUAUAUGGUACUAAUUCAGAGGAUCACAUCACUUCGAACGGCCCGUGGAUAGAGUUCGUUUACCUUCUAAUGACUUACAUAUCAGGUGUCUUCUAUUACGUAUCCACGACGAUCAACCCGAUCCUGUACAACAUUAUGUCAAAUAAAUUUCGCAUGGCGUUUAUGUCUGGUUCGUUCCAGGAAACAUUAUCGAAGAGCUUCAGACUUCCUGGAUUGCCAGCACGUAACGAGCAACGAUCCUAUUCCAGCCUGUCGCGAUCCCAACCAAGGACCAUCGGGGCUUACGGCUCAAGGAUAGCGGGGACCAAUGGUGCAUCCGGCAUAAUUGCCGACAGCAUGGAAGGUUCGGGGAAUUCCAUGGAAGAAAGUCAAAAACAGCCGAUAAAUAGCCCAGAACAUCGACCGAUGUCUAGUAGCGUUCUAAAUACACCUCGGACAAACUCGGUACGGAGUGGACACGCUAAAGAAACGAAGAAUAACAACGACGUUCUGCCGGCAAGGGACAGUUCGCGGUCGCUGAUUAGCGGACAUCAGAGGAAUCGAUCGAUUCGCAAAAAUCAGGAGACUUCGUGGACCAAGAGAACGAGGUACAAGAAUGUGCAAAACGUAUCCAGUAUCGACAGUUUCGAAAAAAAGUGGUGGAGGUUUUUAAAGUGGUUGCCCGGUUUGAAAGCUCUUACAUUUCCCAGGGAUUCGACCGUGCCCGAGGAUCACGUGUUCGAUGAGACCGGUAAUCCCCACGAGGAGCUGUCAAUGACGAUGUGGAACAUUCGCGAUAGCAAUGAACAGCGACCCGUAUAGAACGGAUUCGCAGGUGUUUUAGUGAUUCAAAAAGACUGAUUUUUUUCGUUAGUUUCUGCAUUCUUCACAUCGACAAUUCAAAAUGUCAUUAUCUAACAAUCUUAUGGAAAUGAUGGCGCCGCUCGAUCUGAAAGCGUGAUCGUUUAAGGGGGCAUAUACGUGUAAAUUUAAUAGAGUAAACUAUCACACAAAAUGAAUAAAAUACAAGUGUAACGAAGAGCAAAAAUUGAAUCUAUGCACAUAGAUUGAUUUGUCACUCGUUGAAUCGCUAUCUAAAAAUUAUAGUAAAUUCGCAUACCAUUUAAAUGAAAGAGUAUUCUUUUCCUAUAGUAGAUCAAUAUUUAUAAAUGUAAAUUAUCACUUUACACUUUUAAAUAGAAAAUUUCAUUAGCUAGAGAUAUUUAUCAGUCGAUAUAGAGUGAACCGUGAUUCAUUGUAUAGUUUCAGAGUGCAAUCGUGAGAUUUAGAAAGUACGCAGAAUAAAAUAACUUAUAUAGCAUCAAAAGUUUUCAGAAAUAUUUUAACUAAAAAAAAAUAAAACAUUUUAUAAGGGUUGCAAAAUAUAUACAACAUUUUUUUUAAUGUCUCUGGAGCAGCAAAAUGUUCGCAAUUCUUGCAUUUAAAUCCUCGCAAAAAAUUGCUGAGAAGGUUAUAAAUAUUACGGAAAAGUCAUUGAAAUUUUUCUGAAAUAUUGUUGAUUUUAUUAAAAGUUAUAAUAAAAAUUAUGUAUAAGAUAUAAUCCUUAUUCUAUGUUUUUAUUAUUUGCAAUCUGAUUAAUGUAAUAAAUGUAAAUAUAAUUUCUAUAUAUACACAUAUAUUUAAUAAAAAGAAUGAAUAAUAUAUAUGUGAGACAAUAAUAUUUUAUUUGUGUAACAUUCUUGUACUUCCAAUACAUAGACUUAGCACACGCCACCAGCGGACUUUGAAAAUUUUUGCUCGUACAGAUAGCCGAAGCAACAAAGCAAAUUUUUUGCUUGGGUAUAUUAGCAUAUCUAAAUAAAAUAUGAUUUUGACAAACUUGAAUACUAUCAGCAUUUUGUAUUAUUUGUUAAUAAAAUUCAAAUAUUAAAUAGAGAAACGUAUGGUCUCUAUGACAAAAUAAACACGAUUUUUUCCGUUUUUCCGCAAGAAAUUCGCAAAGGAGCUUAUUUCGACCCGUAUAUGCCUCCUUAAAUUUUUAACAAUCUUUUCGGGACUAGAAAAGACUGAGAAAUUAAGAUAGUGACGCUUGUGAUUCUGUCUCAUAAUUAAUUUAGAAACAUCCUAAUGUGUGUCCAACGAACGUAUGAAAUAAAGAGACCUUCAAAAAUAUCUGUGAAACAUACUUAUUUAUUACUGAUAAUUGCCAAACAAGUUUUGUGCAAUUUUGUACGAUUGCUGGAUGCUGGCAUCCAAUGUUGCAUAAAGUCUACUGAAUCCGAUACAUCGAAGGAAUAAACAUGUCAGAAAUAUUGCGAUCAUAUAUCGCGUGUAAUUCAAUAUAUAAAUCAAAUAACAUACUACGAUCCGACCAUAAAUCUUCCCAGAGCGCAUUUUUGUCAUGCGUGCAAUCAUUGAUCAUUAGAGAGAUUUUCUCAUGUAGCUCGAAUUUAUUAAAAACUCAAAUAAUAUACGAGUAAUCGUAAACGAUUACGUGAUAUUACGUAAAUUAUACCUUUUAAUUUUGUAAAUUCUCAUAUCUCAAACAUUUAAAUUUAUCAACGUUGUAAAUAAAAUAAUGUAUGCAACUUUGUAAAUAAAAUAAUAUAUGCAAAUAAACGUUAUUUUUAGAAGCGUUGAAGUCAACACUGAAUCGACAUUUUGUCUAAUAUUUUUUUUAUACUGCUUUAAAAAAAAAAAAUUAUGCUGAAAAAAAGAUAAACUAGCAAAUUUCUUGCAAAAUCCAAACAAAUAUUAUGAUAGUUAAAUAUCAUUGAAUGUAUUAAUUAAUUAAUUAUCAUUGAUUGUACAUAAGCCAUUCUUACAACUGAGUCAACACUGUUCAAAGAAAGUAAAGCCACUGCAUCAUUCAUUAAAUAACUAUUAAUAAAUAUCAGAAAAGUAUUAAAAUAAUAAAUUAUAAAUUAAUUGACAUUUUUUUAGAUCUAAUUUUCAUGUAGAUUUGAUUCAAAUUCUUUUUACUUAAAAAAUUUAAUUAUAUUAAGCUGUUUUUAUUUGUUCUGACUGAUACGGUGACUCUAUUUUCAUGUAAUUUAUUGUUAUACAAUAUACAAUAUAUGAAACAAUAUAAUAAGCAUUUAAAAUAAUUUACGAAAACAAAUAGAAGCGAAUAUUUAUUUCGAAUAAUCCAAUUUCACGAACGUGACAAGCGUCUUAAAACGCAUUGCGUGGAUACGUGCUCUACGACAUUACUUGUCGUAAAUUAUACGAACUACAACGAUAUUAAUUUUUAAAUAAGAAUCUUCUAAGUACUCUCUUAUCUGUAAUGUAUCAUUCCUUAUGAAAAUAAGCUGUAAAGUUAAUUCAAUUGGUCUGAUAAAAUUGGUACAUCCAUACAAAUUGGUACAUGCAUAUGUCGAGUUCAUUUGCAAAUUCAAAUCUGCAAAUGUUAUUUAAUACUCUUUCGAAUUAUUGUAAAAUGUAAUGCUGUAGCGAGAAUACAAUUUAAAAUAAGAUACAGCGGUAUGAUUCUUCUAUGUCAUCGAUUGAAUUUUUAUGGUAUGAUAUUAUUCCGUUAUGUGUAUAAGUAUAAAUCGUUAACUGUGUAAAAUUCUUUAUUUAUUUUCUUUAGCAUAUCUCUCACUGGAUGUUGUUCGUAGCUGUAUGUAUACCAAUAUCGAUAUUGAUAUUUUGAUAAUUACAGAUAUAGACACCUAUAAUGUGUCUGAAACUUA